AAUUAUCUAGUAAAAUUGGAUAGCUGUAGCAAGCAGGUAUGUAGAUUCGAGUGAAGCGAUUCCAUUUUCAUUCAAUUGCAUUCAUAAUUUUGUACUCAAUCGCUAAUAUGGCUUUUACAGCUCUACAUCGCGCAGCCUGGCGUCGCAUCAUCGAGUCCGAGGACGACUCUGAACAGGACCACGACGAUACAAAGUCUCACAAAACUAUACCGGGUGAUAGUGCAACAGAUUCAAGGUCCGGAAAUCAGCGUAUCCCAUUAAACUCAGGCCCUGCCGCGUCUGAAGCAUCUUCACUUACGAUAAUCACUCCGGUUCGCGAGUCAAAAAUAGUAACAUUCAAGCUUGACUCUAGCGUUGCCCGGAUAAUCGACUCUUCCUCAGGUAAUUUGGAUAGACCUUCACAAAGCGUUGAUAUGCCCGCUGUAAGUUAUUACGAAUUGCAUUCUCGUGCGUAAUUGACUUAUCAUUAUACUUUCGUCUCAUCUGUGAAGCUGUUAUGUGUCACUUCCACGGGUUACUUGUUUAGAGGCUGACGUUUUAUCUACAGUACCGAACAGGUGGAAGGCGGCAGAAUCGCACGGGUUAUGUCGACCAUGAUAUACUCGAGGGUAUUCCAGUAAGGCAAUGGCGUCGCGAAUACGUCACAGUAGCACCUCCACCUCCGCAGGAGAGCAAUGCCACUCAAAAUGAUAUUUGGGCAUCAGAGCUUCCAUGGGGAAUGCCAAAAGACUCGCACCUUCUGCCACAACAUAGCCAAGAUUUGCUACGCGCCGCUCGAUCUGGUAGGAUAUAUAAACGACCUACUCCUAUGGAUGAAGAAGAACAAGAACUUGAGCCCACUCUAGGAGACAAGCCGGACAAAAAGGAGGAUGAAAUAAAGGAUAGCGGUUUUACGGCUCGUGCCUGGAAGCAGAUUCCUGGUCAUCAAACGGCGUCGGAUAUGGACUUUCUGGCUAAAAGAAGGAAGGGAUUAGGAUCUGCAGUUCCACAGCCAGCUUCAAUUCCAACAGUUAUACAAACUACAGUCCGUAGGACGGAUGCUGCAGGCAACGAGUAUCUCGAGAAGGUUAUUGUACCUCAUGGUCAAGUUGUCGUAGGCGAUGUUGUCUCUCAAACAACCAUUCCGGAUCCAAAUGUAGUAGAGGGUACACCAUUCCGACGCAAGGGUCCAGUAGGCAAGAAAGGGAAACGAGGUCCCGGCAGGGGACGAAAGAAGAUAGUUCCUACUUCUACACCUAAUGUAACAAGCGAACCAUCAGCUCAGAAUGGUGAUGCAAGCACCUCUAAUUUAGGGGCUGAUGUAAGUUACCGACUAGUCCUUGGAAAUUCUUUGCGGCUUUCGUUGACAAUAUCACAGGGAAUGAAAAUCGAUGGUGAAGGCAAUACAACACCGGCGAAGAACCUCGAUACUGAGAUGAUAGAUGACUCGAACCCAGCUUCGGAUGACGAUGACGGCGAUGAAGGUGAUCAAGCGGAUGAAGAUGAUGAUUCAGUUGAUGUUCUUAACUCGCCAUCAAGACCGCAUAGGGACUCAUCUCAAGAUCGUAACAUGCCGAUUAUGCAAGACAUUCCAAAAUUGAGCAGCACCGAUAUUGCGAUGGGCGGCACUGACAAUGACGGACCCACAAAAUCAGAUCUAGAAAGAGUAAAGGACGAAGGAAAAUUCGGUAGUCCAUUGAAGCAAAUAGCUUUAACUACAUCCACUGUCAAUACUCCUAUGGUAUCGCCAACUGAGACAACCCUAAAGGAGCCCAAUUUCUUCGCCGCAGGGAAUACUGAUAUCCCAUCAGCUCCUAUUGAAAAGAUAAAUCAAGAAAUGCUAUCUGUAGCAGAAGUAACGGCCCCAAUCGAGCUACCCCAGAUUCCACCACAUCCCACUAAAGAGCAUGAAGAAGCAUUCAUAGAACUCCGUGCUGAAGAAGAGGAGGAAGAGGAAAUGCUUCUUGACAUUCUCGAUCGUGCCGAAAUUGCCGAAAUUGCCCAGAUUGGCGCAGCAAUGCCGAUAAAAACGGAGAGUCCAACUACUGUUCUUUCGGAUCCAAUCCAGGUUUCCGCCAAACCUUCAAAUUCAUCACCAGCUGAAGUGAAAAGUCCUCAAAACGUUGCAGUACCUUCCUCAAUACCUGCUGUCGAAGAACCACCUACCGUAUCUACUUUAGCCACGGCUUUUACUGAUUCUUCAAUCAGAGAAGGGCAGGCAUUAGCUUCCACUUCUUCUGCUUCUCCAGCCAAGGUGGAGGAGCCGCCAAUUGCCUCAAAUUCACCACCUGCUGCAAUAUCGGAGGUUGUUGAGCCUACCGAGCCUAGCGAACCUACCGGGCCUACUGAGCCUACUGAACCUCCUCAACCAACUGAAGCUAUUGAGCCCAACGAAGCCGCUGCAUCACCCACUGGGCAUACUGAAGCAGCCAAGCCAAUUCCACCAACCAACUUAAUCGAGUCAGAUCAGCCAGGCGUGGCAAAUGAGUCGAUGGAACUGGAAAUGGUAAAUGAAUCAAAUGCGACGGACUUGGCAAAUGAGUUGAACGUACCCUCAGGGCCAAUCAAACCUGCAACCGAGGAUGAUGAUGAUGACUUUCCUGAUUUACUAGGUGGUCUAGAGAGGAAUCUCUAUGGUGACUUGCAAUCUUUCAUUGCCCCUCCAGAAUCAAUAGUACCAGAAGAAUUGGCCCCGUCAGAGCCUAUAAAAGAAGAUCAGGCAUUUCCAAAGGAGGCGGGUGACGAUUUAAUCACAGAAGAGAAGGAGAAGGGUGGAGAGGUAAAAGAAGAGACCUCAACAUCCUGAAAUAAUUAUGAUGGCGUGUACGUGCAUUAUGGAUAUGUUUGAUGUCCACCUACCUAUUGGGCUAUUUUAUGCUCGGUGAUUUGUAUUACACUUCUUGCAGCCAGGGUAAUGCAUAAUGGCGCAACAGGCGCAAAGUGUAUUAUUAUUGAGAUAUUAUGGAUAUAUUACUUCUGGUUCUAUAAUCCCGUUUGUUUUUCUGUAUAUACAUAGGUACCUAUAUAGAUCGGAAAACUAUUCUCGUAGCCCUCAAAGUGAAUUUUAUUA